UAAAAUUUGUAUUAUUUUUGUUAUAUUGUUAUUUUUUUUUUUCUGAGUAUUUUCCAUCCGUGGUUGGUUGACUCCUCGGUUGCAGAACCCAGGGAUACAGAGGGCUGACGGGUUUGGGAACUGUUCCUGAGGUGUCUGCGUAUUCUACCCGCAGAGUGGUCAAAGCAGCCAGUACUUCCGACUUCUUACGCCUACCCAGCUGGGCUUUUCAUUGCGCGUGCGCAAGGCCCACCCUACCCCGGAAAUUAACCGUUGAUGAAAUGAAGGAUUUAAAUCAUCGGAAUCCUGAUCCUGGAGCGCCAAUGGCGCGCUUAGUUCUCCAAGGAGGCUUGAGAUUGGUCGAGCAUGGAACCUAUGUAGAAUGCUGAUUGGCUGGCACGCUAACACGUCACGGCGACUGCGCGUGACGCUUGCAGCGCCGCCUCCGCUCCCUGACUGGCGGGGUUUUUGACCAGUUAGCAGGCGCAGCGCGGCUCUCUCGGCUUCACAAGCUUGUGUUUGCCGCCUCGAUUCCCGCGACCCCAACGUCCCAGAGGCGGGGCCGCAGUCGGGAGAGGCGCUACUUGGAGCCAGCCUCUGCUCCGACCCCGCAAACCGACUCUUAGCUUGUCGGAGGUUGCGGAGAGUGGGGCUUUGUGCUCCUACUUCCCCCUACGGCGGCAGCUGAGCCCGGGGAAGGACAGUGGGUAACAUUCAGUCCUCUAAGAGCCGGGCGCCGAUGACUAGAAGGGGAGCUAAGUGGGAGAAACUAAACGGACCACGAAUUCCUUUGGAAUCGUCUGUGCUAAGGAUACUGAGGAUUUGAAGCUAAAUCAUUUACCAAAUAUGGAGCCUAUAUAUCCUCUUCCAAGGCCCCAGAUGAAUACCAGGUUUCCUUCAACCAGGAUGGUACCUUUCCACUUUCCUCCAUCAAAAUGUGCACUUUGGAACCCAAUGCCAAUUGGAGAUUUCAUCUACUUACAUCUCAAUUACUACAGAAAUCCAAAGCUUGUGGUGACUGAAAAGACCAUUCGACUUGCUUAUCGUCAUGCUAAACAGAAUAGAAAAAAUUUGCCAUGCUUUUUACUUGGUUCUCUCACAGUGGACGAAGAUGAAGAAGGUGUGACACUGACAGUAGAUCGCUUUGAUCCUGGUCGAGAAGUACCUGAAUGCUUAGAAUUAACCCCUACUGCUUCUCUUCCUGGGGACUUUUUGAUUCCAUGCAAAGUUCAAACUCAGGGACUUUGUUCAAGAGAAGUGAUAGUUUACAAUGCAGAUGACUUCAGUUCAGCUUUUAAGGCUCUACAGCACCAUGUAUGUAGCAAAGAUUCCUUGGACUGUGGUAAGCUGCUUUCCUUAAGAGCUCAUAUCACUUCCAGGGAGAAUUUGGACAAUGUGGAUUUUGACUUGCAUUGGGCAGCAGUAACUCUAGCAAACAGCUUUAAAUGCACACCUGUGAAGCCCAUCCCCAUUAUCCCAACAGCUCUUGCAAGAAACUUGAGCAGUAACCUGAAUAUUUCUCAAGUUCAAGGAACUUAUAAAUAUGGGUAUCUCACCAUGGAUGAAACACGCAAAUUGUUACUUUUACUGGAAUCUGAUCCCAAGGUUUAUUCUCUACCAUUAGUGGGAAUUUGGCUAUCUGGAAUUAUACAUAUCUAUAGUCCUCAGGUAUGGGCUUGCUGCUUGCGAUACCUGUUCAGUUCUUCCAUUCAAGAAAGGGUUUUUUCAGAAUCUGGAAAUUUCAUCAUAGUUCUCUAUUCUGUGACACAUAAGGAACCUGAGUUUUAUGAAUGCCUCCCUUGUGAUGGCAAGAUACCUGACCUUAAGUUUCAGUUACUAACCAGCAAGGAAACAUUACAUCUUUUCAAAAAUGUUGAACCUUCUAACAAAAAUCUAAUUCAUUUUGAACUGAGUGCUGAAAGCCAAAAUACCGAAACAGAGCUUUUCAACAAGACUUCCAAAAAUGUUUCAGUUAAGAGGUCUUCCCAAAAGUUAUCUCCUGGGAAAAUGCCAGUAAAUGAUCACGAUUCUGGUGUUGAAGAUGAAGAUUUUUCCCCAAGACCAAUUCCUAGUCCUCAUCCAGUGAGUCAAAAGAUUUCUAAGAUUCAACCUUCAGUUCCUGAACUUUCGCUUGUAUUGGAUGGCAAUUUCAUAGACUCAAACCCUCCACCUAAUCCACUGGAAAGAGUGAAUAAUGAAAAUCCUCCUUUGUCGAUUAACCACUCUGACCACUUGAAGCCAUUGCAACCCCAGCUUUAUGAUGAGGAAUGCAGCCAAGAAACUGAAGCUGAAGAGCCUUCCUUGAGAGGGAUACCAAGUCAGUUAAACCAGGGCACUACCCUUUUGAGACACUGUGAAGUAAGACAACCAUCUACAUGUAAGAAAGGGAACCCCCAUAUCAGGAACAGUGUUAAACCACCUUCUCAUAAUGAGCCAUCUCAUGGUAUGUUUGAAAAGCUUCAAGCAGUUUCUUCUGGAAAUGUACAAAAAGAAGAGUAUCCUAUAAGACCCUCCACGUUUAAUUCUAGACAAUCUUCUCUUGCCCCACAGUCCCACUCACAAAAUUUUGUUUUUUCACCCCAUAAUUCAAGAAGACCAGUGGAACUUCAGAUAUCUACUCCCCCACCACCAUCUUACUAUUCCACAAAUGUUUGCAGUUGUUGUCAGCAUCAUAGCCAUAUUCAGUAUAGUCCAAUAAAUUCUUGGCAAGGAAUAAAUACAGUUGGAUCUAUUCAAGACCUCCAGUCUGAAACCCUUCAAAAGCAUGCAUUAUUUCACCCAAGUGGAUGUCCAGCUCUAUACCAUAAUGCAUUCUAUUCUUCAAGUAGUCCUAUAGCCUUGAGACCUCAGGGAGACAUGGACGGUUGUUCUUCACACAGCAAUGUAGAGCCAUUACCUGUGGCGAGACUGCCUUCACAUGUGGACUCAUGUAACCCACAGCCUUGCACAGUGUGUGUACACAUGCCCAAGACUAAGUCAGAUAAUGGAAUGAUGGGACUGUCUCCAGAUGCAUAUCGGUUCCUCACAGAACAAGACAGACAGCUGAGACUACUUCAGGCACAGAUUCAGCGUUUAUUAGAAGCACAGUCUCUGAAUCCCUGUUCCCCUAAGACAACCGCUGUUGAAGACACAGUGCAAGCUGCAAGACAAAUGGAGUUAGUUUCCAUGGAAGCACAAUCUUCUCCUGGCUUGCACAUGAAAAAAAGUGUAAGCAUUGCUGUGAGCACAGGUGCUAGUUUGUUUUGGAAUGCACCAAGUGAUGAUCAAGAGCCUGACUCUCAGCUGAAGCAAGAUGAUACCAAGAUUUCUAGUGAGGACAUGAAUUUUUCUGUUGAUAUUAAUAAUGAAGUCCCAAGUCCUCCAGAUAGUGCAUCUUCAUUAAAGGCAGUUGAUAUUCCCAGUUUUGAAGAGAGCAACAUUGCUGUGGAAGAAGAAUUUAAUCAACCACUUUCUGUAUCCAACUCUUCUCCAGUUGCAAGAAAAAAAGCUGAUACACCUGUGUUCUUUCCAAAUGGCCUUCUGGCAGAGAAUGUAAGCAUGUGCUUACAGACAGGACCAACAGAGGGUGCUAGUAACAACUCUGAAACAUCAGAGGAACCAAAAAUUGAGCAAGUAAUGCAAGAACAAGUAAUGCAACCCUUGCCUCAUCAACCAUCAGAUAACCAGAAAAUUUACCAGGAUUUAUUGGGUCAAGUGAACCACCUAUUAAAUAAUUCCUCCAAAGAAACUGAGCAGCCAUCUACCAAGGCAGUAAUUAUCAGCCACGAAUGCACCAGAACCCAAAAUGUUUACAAUACAAAGAAAAAAAAGCAUGAUUCUGAACUAGUGGACAAAGAUUGUGUUCUUAAUGCAACCCUUAAGCAACUAAGAAGCCUUGGAGUAAAAAUUGAUUCUCCCACUAAAGUGAAAAAAAAUGCACAUAAAGUGGACCAUGCCAGUGUGUUGGCAUGCAUCAGCCCAGAAGCAGUGAUCUCUGGAUUAAACUACAUGUCAUUUGCUAAUGUUGGCAUGAGUGGCGUAAGCCCCAGUGGUGUGGAUUUGAGCAUGGAAGCAAAUGCUAUAGCUCUGAAAUAUUUAAAUGAGCAUCAGCUGUCACAGUUGUCUCUCACUCGAUCAAACCAAAACAACUGUGACUCAUCGUUUAGCCUUCUACAUAUUAAUACAGACAAAAGCACAGUGGGGCUUAGUUUAAUUUCACCAAACAACAUGUCAUUUGCAACCAAAAAAUAUAUGAAGAGAUAUGGACUCAUACAAAGCAGUGACAACAGUGAAGAUGAAGAGGAGCCUUCCAACAAUGCAGAUAGCAAGAACGAACAUUUAUUGAAUAAAAACCUUACAUCCAUACCUGAUCAACUUGGUCAUCAGAAAGAGCCUUCUGGGAAUGCCUGUGAAAUAAUUAAUUAUUAUAACUGUGAAUCCAUGGGCACCCACACAGAUAAGCCAGUAUUGAAAAAUAUUACAAAUGAAAUUGUGCGGCCAAAAGCAUCACAGCAGUUGAAUGAAAACCCAGCUUUCUUAUUAAAAAACCAUAAACCAACUCCUGUAGUGAACCUCCGAACUGGGAAAGCAGAGUUUACUCAACAUCCUGAGAAGGAAAAUGAAAGGGACAUUCCAAUUUUUCCUGAAAAUUUGCAGCCUUCUGAAACUUUAAAGCAAAUGAAUAGCAUAAAUUCAGUAGGCACCUUCUUAGAUAUAAAGCAUCUCAGACAGUUGCCAAAAUUAUUUUAAACCUUUAACUCUCUGUCGUGAUAUAAGGACAGUGUCUCCUGAAGAUAUGUAGGGAAACCAGAGCCUUUUGGUGAUUUGGGGAUUCCUAAUCAUUCCAGGAGUCAGUCUCUUGGUAGCAGCUGAUUGCAAAGAGCUGAACAAGUGACUUGAUUGUCUAUGAAGAUGGCUGGCUAGUGGGAGGGCUAAGUUCUCGUUCAAAUAGAGCUGUUCAGCAUCACUGAAAAUUUUAAGAAAAACAAACCUUGAGAUCAGUUAUUUCAAUAAAUUUAGGAAAACAUAUACUAUCCAACUCUGAAUCUGUACUGCUGUUUUAUACUGUACAUUUUAAGAAGUCCAUUUUCCUAGCAUGUUGCAUCUCUGCAUCUACCCUGUUUCACUAAAAGAACAUGAAGUUAUCAUGACCUUGGCUAAAUUAGCAAAAUCAACCCUUCUUGAGUUUAAGGGAGAAGUUAUUUUUUUAAAUAACUUAAGAUGUUUUAUAUAAGGAUUAUAUUUCCCCUUAAGAUGCAUAUUUAUUAAAUUCUAGAAAUACAAGUUUUGCAGUGUGGUGGGUUAAUAUUAAUGUAACAUCUUCAGUAUAUAGCAGUAGCUAUCACAGAAUAAGAAAAUUACUGAGAGUGUGCUUUAUAACCUUUGUGAGUUUUUCAAGUGUCUUGAUAUUGUUAAUAAAACUUAAUU